AUCUUAGCACUCAAACGUUGCUGGUUGUCCCUGAAAGUCGGAGCUGGGGUGUCGAACUCGCAGUAUAGAUAUUCCUGAACAUCCGUGAAAGUCUAAAGUUCAUUCACUUGGCACGUCUAUACUUGUGGACAUCGUAGAGAACUUCACUCUAAAGGAGUGGCCACCAUUCAAUAGGUGCACGAGAUGGAGAAGACAACAGGAAACACAUCGGCAAUCUACACUGACGGAAGUGUGGUCGACAUAGCCCGCAAAGUCAUCAGCACGCAGGAAUACGAUGACGCCUUCUUCAUUUGCGAUGUUCGUGAUCUGCUCAGCAAAGUUGAACUGUGGAAGCACGAGCUGCCCAGAGUGACCCCGUUCUAUGCCAUCAAGGCUUGCACAGAUCCUGUUGCACUUAAACUUUUGAAGGACAAGGACGUCAACUUCGAUUGUUCUAAUAGGCGGGAGAUCGCAACCAUGCUCAAUCUUGGAACAACACCUGACCGCAUUCUCUACGCCCAGACAGUGAAAAACUGCUCACACCUGGACUACUCUUUAAAGCAUGGCGUGGACCUUAUGACUUUCGACUCAGCCGAAGAACUGGAUAAAAUUCACCAUAAAGACGCAAGGCUCUUGCUCCGCAUAAUCGGCGAUGAAGAGGGAUGUCACUACACGCUCAACAAGAAAUUCGGAUGCUUGAUCAGCGAUGCUCCAAAACUACUGGAGAAAGCGCGAACCCUCGGCCGCAGAGUGGUUGGCAUUGCAUUUCACGUGGGCUGUGCCUAUACAGACCCGAGCAUCUUUGUGAGAACGAUUGAACAAGCCAGAAAGAUAUUCGACUUGGCAACUGCAAUGGGCUUUGAAAUGAGCGUACUCGACAUAGGCGGUGGUUUUCCUGGAGGUGUACGAAACAAGGAGAAAUUCCUCAAGGUAUGUGCAGCCCUCCGUUCCGCACUGGAUGAUCAGUUCCCACCAUCGAGUGGCGUGAAGAUUUUGGCAGAGCCUGGUCAGUUCUUUGUGACGUCAGCGUACACUCUGCUUCUGAAAGUAGUUGGAAAAAGGAAGAGGAACCUUCUUAUUGACGGAAAAGUACAAGAGUAUCAAGAAGUUUUUCUGAGCGAAAGCAAGAGGAACUGCAUCACCAACUGCAUUUACGAUUUCUUGGAUGUACAGUUCCGGCCCUUGGACCCACCAUACGAUCGUCCGUGCAACCUUCUGAGCACGCUUUGGGGCGCCACCUGCAGCCCGCUUGACUGCAUAGCCGACAGGCAGCUCUUCUUCGACACAAAGCCGGACGAGUGGAUAAUCGUGGACAACAUGGGCGCCUACUCGCUCGUCAACGCUUGCGGCUUCAACGGCUUUGGAUUCCCGCGCGUCCACUACGUGGUCGAUCCAGCGGAUGCCUCUGCAGUUCGCGCUGUCCUGGACAGCCUGCCCGUAGAAGGCGGCUACGGACCAAUGGUUGAGAUUGUCAAGAAACGCCCCAGUGACAAUGCUCUGAAAAAGCAUAGCAUGCUCGAGAAUGGCGUCAUACGCAAUGGGCUGGGAGCGAACGGGUUCAUAGAAAACGGUCUAAUUCAGAAAGGCUUUACCCAGAAUGACUUGGUGCAGAGUGGCCACUGACAACGCUCAGAUUUAGAAGUGAGCAUGAUGGCAAAAUCAGUCCGCAGAUCACGCCACGAUUAUCCUGCGCACUUAUUUUUUGGUUUUACGUGAGUCCUUUGCUCUAAUAUCUACUUACCGUACAUCAAAGUUCUCACGUUUUCGUGUGGUUGUGGUUUGUAAAAUCGUGUAAUGGCGGAUCUGCAAGUAUAGCUGUACCGUUCGAUUGCACAAGAGCGUGCAAAAUCGAGUGCUACCAUCCACUGAUGUCUUUUUGCCUAGAAAGGUGUAUUAUGUUUUGAAGAAAGCUAUUCAAUUCACGAGGAGUUUGAUAUCUGCUCUGGAGAAGUGAACAUACGUUUUCUUUAUACAGGCCGGCUAACCUAAAGCAGUGUUUGACUUUGGUGCGUCACGAAACCAACAUGAAGAAAUUUGAGUGCCCGAAAGUAUGAAAUUAUUGAGAUAAUUUGAGUACUUGAGGCUUUUUCUUCGUUAGCUCGAUGCCGAUGCGAUUCACACAAAAAUAAGAACCCUUCACUGUCGCUGGCUCUUCUUAGGCAAGUUCGGGCAUUCUUGCGAGAUUCGCAGAAUGUAAAGAACAGUAUUGGUGUACAUCUUCACACAAAUAUAAAGUAGACUGAGAGUGAUCAGUUUGAUUAUAUACCACCGGCAAUCGUACAUCAAGCUUCGAUGUGAAAUUUGUAAAAUUGUAAUCGCACAGCUGAAACUAAGAAAAGUUGACACCACGUCAUUGUAAAACUACUUGGUGCAAUAAUAAUUUCGUGCACAUCUUCUACGCCCAUUGAAGCUUCGUCAAAAAUGAAAUGUGCAUCAUUUUAUCAUGCGAAAUGACACAAAUAAAUUGCAAAAAAUGUCGAAAAGUGUCACUUCAGCGUGUAAUUCAUAAAAAAAUGUGGUGACUGCUGAAUAUAUGAGUAGCUUCCGGAGCGACCUAAUACAUAAAUUUUAAAAGUUUACUGCGAAAAAUUGAUAAAUAAUAAUGUAGCAUUUCAUAUAAACACAUUAAAUCUAUUCACAAUAAAUGACUUGUCUUUUAGAGCAACUUCCGAAAUGACGAAACACUUUUUGUCUCUUGUAUCUGUCGAGAGCUGCGCCACAACUGCACGCCAGUACGCGCGUACAAAGUGAAAACAGUUUAUUUUGACUUUAAAUAAAAGGGGAUUUUCCAAAAACAAAAGCUGCUAGCCGACAGGUUGCUCCAUGAAAAUAAAGCUAAAAAACUUGCUGUUUUUUUCUUGUUUUGUGCCUUCAUUGCACUUUCUGUUGAUCAGUAUCAUUAUGUAGAUGUGAGAACAGACCACAGCUUCCAUAGAAGUAACUGGCAAAAUGGAAUAAAAUAUUGCUGAAAGCACUGCUUCU